AUGUCUUCUCCGUUCGUCUACAGAAACGCGUCAUCGCGCCAAUCGAGACCGGGUCUGCGACGAACGACCCAAACUACCAGCAACCUACGCGGACGCACAUCUCCCAAGAGUCCUUCAAGGCGAAUCUUGACAGAGUCCAACUCGGUAACUGGCACCCCACUUACUCUGCGCAAGAGGAGCUCGACUGAGGCCGAUCGCGAACAGGACACAACAAGCACAUCAUUCAGCGACGACAAGGAGAACGGUUCUAGUCAAGAAGAUACGCUUGGUAGCCGACAUGUCUACACAAGGCAAGAGAAGCGCCGAAGCGGUGGAAGCAUGAUGAGCUUUAUGCCGCCACCUCAGAGCCCUAUGAAGAGAUCAGAGCCAAUGGCGGUAGAUUCGACCGAAAUCAUGAGCCCUUCUGCAAAACGGCGCAGUCUUCACGGUCCAAGCGUGGGCAGUGACUUCUUCAGCAUUUUCGAGUCAGACACACUAUCCAACGCCGUCCAUGAUAAUCGCUCUCAGGACGACAAUGACUGGCUGAGAACCGCGUCUCCCCUGCCCUCCUCGAGAUUUAGCACCGUCCCGAAGCGCGCAUCUUCACUCAGAAAAUCCACCAUACAGCAAAGGCAAGCCGAGCGCUCACCCUUCAACAUGAAAUUCACUCAACCGACCGAGCUGGAAAGCAGCCUUUUCAGCACCACUCCCUUUGGCAAGAACGAUAAAUCUCUUCGCAUGUCGCUGGACAACCACAUCGAUCCCAUGCCAAGAGAGAGUCCGUUCUCCGCUCAAGGUCAUCUGCUGAACGCAUCGAUUCAUCCGGCGACUGUGCAGCAUCAAAGCCAGCAAGAGGGGGUGCCCUCGUCAUCCCGACAUCCACUGUCACGCACAGUCACUCAGUCAUCAUCGACUACGAGCAUUCAGGAUGAUUCUCCGACUCACGAGCCAUUCCACAGACCAGCUCGGCCGAAGUCUCACGACUUCUCACGUUCGUUGCCUGCCGGGGCUCUCAAUCCGUUAGCAUCUGCAGACGUAUCAGAGCAUUCAUCGCAAAGCUCGUUCGCAACACCUGGUGCAUACAAAUCGGCCAAGCCUCUCCCAGCUGCCUUCAUGUCAACAGGUCUUAUAUCAAAGAAGAAUCGAAAUGCUGAAGAUCCUAAUGGCGGCUUGCCCAAAGCUCACAUGCCGGACACCCCAUGCAAGAGGCAUUCCGUGCUGCUUCCCACGAACAGAUUUGGCAACGUCAAAGGUGUCAUGAAGCAGAAUCGAGAGUCCUUCGGUAUGCCCGCGACGCCAGCAGAGGCACGAUCCAUCCGACCUUUGGCAUUUCAUUCCGGCAACGCUAUAGGUCUUGGAGCCCGUGCUACUAGACCCUCUCUGAUGCGCAAGAUGAGCUUUGCCUCCAUCGGCAGUGAAGCCAAGAAGAGCUCCCAGUCUCCUAGCCAAGGCCAGGACAGCCAGUCAACAGAGUCCGAUCUGUCUCCCACACCGACGAGGCACUUUGAUGAGCCGCUACGAGGUCUCUCAGUGUCUCCCUCGCCACGCCAUGGCCGUAAUUUGUCCGUGCCGAUUGCAGGGAGCAACCCGUUUCCAAGCAGUAAGUUAUUGCCUCCCAUUAUUCAGUCACCCGAGAGCGUCGAAGAUGCAAAUGACGGCACUGUGAACGGUUCGCCGUCUGCGAUCAUUGCAUCAAGGAUACCAGUCAGGAAGUCGCAAAACCCCAGCGCUUCUUUCACCAAAAAUCGUAUGCUGAAGAACAUGACAUCCCCAACUCCGCUGGCGAGGAGUGCCCUUGUUUUGUCUACCCAAAAGUCCCCUGUUAUGACACGUACUAAAAGUGGUUGUUUUACUCCAGUCACACCUCAUGGCGAUAGAGCCAAUCGAUACUCUCCUCAUACGCCUCAGGAGGGUUGCUUCCCUCCCGAUCCGAGCGGACUCUCCAUAUCUGGUCGACCAUCAACAAGGAAUGGCUUCACGCCGGCUAUCCCAGCCACACCAACUGGGCCUCGAGAGUACUUCAGCAAUUUCUCUCAUAGACCCAGUCUCGACCAGAAUGCAGCUCGUGAUGCGACCGCCGACAGCUCUCUGACCAGUCGCUUCGAGAAGGUGGAUCUCGUUGGAACUGGCGAGUUCUCCGAGGUGUAUCGAGUAUCGCAACCGCCUCAAUCCUCACCCUACCACAAGAUCUACGUCACCAACGGUCGCUCAUCGUCCCGCAGCUCGAUGCAGGAACGGGUUUGGGCUGUCAAAAAGUCACGACAUGCGUACACUGGAUACAAGGACCGACAACGAAAGCUGAAGGAGGUUGAGAUACUCAAAGUCUUGGGUCGAUCUGAGCAUGUCAUUGGCUUCGUCGAUAGCUGGGAGAACGAGGACCAUCUCUACAUCCAGACUGAGUUCUGCGAGGAAGGAACUCUCUCAGCAUUUCUCUCGAGGAUUGGCGCCAAAGCUCGACUGGACGAUUUUCGCAUCUGGAAAAUUCUUCUCGAGCUAUCCACCGGGUUGCAACACAUCCACGAUUGCGGCUUCAUUCACCUGGACCUCAAGCCAGCAAAUGUCCUGAUCUCUUUUGAAGGUGCGCUCAAGAUUGCGGAUUUUGGUAUGGCUGUACGUUGGCCUGCCGCAGCAGGAACCGAUGGUGAAGGAGAUCGAGAGUACAUCGGGCCGGAGGUACUCACGGGCAAGUUCGACAAGCCUGCCGAUGUGUUCGCACUAGGCCUGAUGAUGCUGGAGACAGCGGGCAACGUCGAGCUCCCGGACAACGGCGCAUCUUGGCAAAAGCUCCGGUCAGGAGACAUGAGCGAUGUGCCUAGCCUGACUUUCAGCUCUGACAAUAGUAUUGUCACAAGAGAUGCCUCUGGCAAUCCCGUCGACGAGGACUUGGCUGCCGAGAACGUGGAUCACGACAUGGUCGAUGGAGUCGAGAAUGCCAAGGACAUCACGCCACGCGAAGGAGAGCUUCUACAUCCACCACAAUUCAUGGUCGAUGCCGAGUAUCCUCAAUCCUUGGAUAGCAUUGUCCGAUGGAUGAUCAGUCCCGAUCCGCUGCAGAGACCUGUGGCUUCCCAGAUCUUGGCCACAGAAGGUGUUAGGUUUGUUGGGGAACGUCGACGAGCAGGUGCCACGGUCUAUGAAGGCAACUGGGGUCCAGCUGAUGAGAUCCUCCGACAGGACCACGAAAUGAUCGAUGUUUGA